CCACAGAACAUCAUGUACAUAAUCAACAAUGAAAUCAUAGCUGAAUACCUACCUAGGUAUUGAAAAGAAAUGUGUAGUAUCUUCAGGUUUAAAAUGUCCAAGCUGAAGGCUUAUGCACUUGAGGGCUGUUAGAUCGUAUCCAACGCAACCAUGCUUUCCCGGCGCCUGGGCUCAUUGUGCCCGACUCGUUAUAAAUUCGUUCUACAUUCUUUUUCACAUGUAUUAGCCCCUAGACCCAAGGAUCAUCGAAGGAUGGCUUCGCAAAUCCAUACUUUAAGCUUUUCACACGCCACGGAAAGCCCGUUUCACACUAGCAUAGGUCACAAAAAGCUGCCCGAUGAGAAAAUCUAUACGGCAAAACAGAUUGCGGACUUCGUCUUGUCUGUAAAGGACCUAACUCCCGACGAGGUCAAGCAAGCUCAAACACUCGCUCGAAAACAUGGUAUUUUGGAUCAUCGGCCUGUCCAAAACGAUGUCGGGGACUUUGAUGAAAUCUAUUCAUCUGGUUGCAUUCUGGCCAUCGCGCACUUCUAUAAUAAACUCGCCGACCUAAAGUUCAAGCAGGCAGACAUUUGCGAGACCUAUGAAAAAUGUGUCCGCGCCGUCAAUUCCCUCACGUACCUUCUACAAACACCCCUCGAUAAAACCAGCCGGCUCCCAGGCCCAGUGAAAUUGUCGAGAGGUGAACGAUGGAAACUGGAUCGCGUUUGGGAUAUCUCCGUUUGCUUGCUAGGGGCUAUCAAGGCCCGUUGCGGUUUCCAGCGUGGAUUCCGUGUCGGUGAUAUACCGAUUGUUCAUGAUGUUCACUAUCGAAGGGCCGCCAAGUUAGCACUAGACAGGAACAAUCUCCAUGGCAGAGGACGAAUCUGCCAGAAAGCUUUGCGACUCCUCACGCGGGAGGACAUCGAACCUUUCAUUCAACCCUAUCAUCUCAUUGAGGAGUUGGGAUUUUCUGCAGAUAUUGAUGAUCAAAAUGUUACGCUCGAUCAUAGGAACUGCACAGAGGACUCGUGCGAAUAUGAUACCGAUGUCAAGCAUAAGCCUCCAAAAGAAUACCACGUUCUGGGCUGCAAAGAGUGCGAGAAAAGAAAACCUCCAGCAGACAGUAAGGACAACUUUGAAAGUAUCGCGAUGAAUGGCAUGCCCGCGGUCAAUGUCUCACGUGGGUGUGGUCCGGAGGAGAUGUGGUGGGUAAAAGCCGACCACAGAACGCUGGUUGUUUCUCAUGUUUGGAGGGAUGGUAUAUGGGGAACAAGAGACGAUGGAAUCAGAACAUGCGCCCAUAACCUCCUUUCAAAAAUUGCCAGGGAUAACAAUUGUGACAGCUAUUGGAUAGACUGCGCCACGAUCCCGGAAGAGCCAGACACACGGAAAAAUAUGAUUAUGCGAAUCAAUAAGACGUUCAGGGAUGCAGGGCUUGUACUCUGCUGGGACAAAAAAUCUGCCACCUUGGGUCCGGAAUACGCACCGAUGCUAUUGUCGCUCGUUGUUUCCGCUUGGCAUCGGCGAGCGUGGACUCUCCUGGAAGGCAAUAGGGGCCAACUGAGUAGAAUAAACUUUCUCAGAUGGACGGGUAAAGAGGAAACGCCAUAUGAGCUCUUUAAUCUGGAGACGGCGCUUCGCUCUGUCUUCGAUAAUGAAUCAAAUGUUCCAUUGUGGAUUCGAUCAACAUUUGUUGAGCUCCUGCCGUACAGUGGUGCCGCAUUGCCGAUGGAUGCAGCAGGACUACUGUUAUCCGGACGUCAUGCUAGUCGAACUGAGGACUCUCAGGCAAUUUGGGGCUUGCUUCGCCCCGUUGAAGGGAACGACAAAACUGAUGACUUCCAAUAUGAUGAUCCUUAUAUCUACGCAAAGGAUGGAGUUGACGUUGCAUUCAUCAGCUCCAACGCGGAACGGUUUAGGCGUAACGAAGCCACGCAGAGCUGGAGGCCUGGCAAAACCGCUGUUAAUGUCUGGGCCCGUACGGCAUACGGCGGCAUCAAGGCCACUAUAACUGGAGAGAAGAAUGGCAGAAGAGAUCUGGAAGGCACGUGGUGGGCAAAGGAAGGUGAAAAAUGGAAGCAAUCCGUCGAUUGGACGAAAUAUAAAGACGUCGAGCGGAUCAAGCGGAUUGAACGUGAAGAGUUCGAAGGCUUCGCGCUCAUUUGUCCGAUUUUGAUGGGGGAUCCGCUAAGUGUGCCCGAUGGUAAACAUUCAUCAGCGCCAGUGAGCGGCUUUUUCAGAACCAAUCUUGUCAUGGAGUGUGAUCGGGCAAUCAUCAUCACGAAGAGAAGGGGGGAUGAGGUUUGGCAAUGGCAAGGUCUCGUGGACAUGAAGAAGGGGAAGCCUUUACUCUUCAAUACAAGUGAGACCAAUGAGUUCGUAAUUGGUGACAGUAGACUUCAUUGAAGAAUGAUCCUUUGCCUACCUAGGUAGGUAUCUAGAUGGGUGGAUGCCCACAGAUGGGUUCUAGGUAAAUCAAUUUAUUCUAAUUUUGGAAUACUUGGAUCAACAUGACAUCUUAUCCUUCAAUGCUCCUUC